AUCAUCCAGCAUGCUCUGUUAGCAGUGCAGAGGUUAAAAGCUCUGAGGUAAAGAAUUACUAUUUAUAAUCAGCAGCAACGUACUCUACAUGUUUUUAAGUCUGAUUUAAGUCCUUUAAAGGCUUUCUCAGCAAGAGGGUCAACAGAAAUUUGGAGAAGCUCAAGUUUUCUCUCAUUAUUGUGAGGCAGAGGAUAUUUCUGAAGCUGAACCGCAGAAUAAAUAUGCUAAGCAUUGCGGGAAACCAGAGGCAGUCUUAAAUGAAAACAUUUACGUUAAUGUUUAACCCCUUUCACUCACACGAGAUCUCUACACAAGCGACAGAACGAGGAAUGGUGUCUGAAUUCUGCUGAAGGACAAUGGGACUCUAUUUAUUUUUAUCAUGCUGCCGUCUCCUGGCUAAUUUUCUACAAGACUGAAGAGCACUGCUGGUAGAACAUAGAAGCAAAAUGGAUGAACCCUCCAUCUAACAUACAACUCUACUUUCUGGAAUGCUAAGUGGAAAAGAGGCAUUCAUCCAGCAUGAAAUCCAGUGCAUACCAGUAAGGACAAUAAUCGGAACGCUUAAUUAAACUAUGAUGAGAAGACAGUAUCUGGAAAAUAAAAGAUGAACCUACUUGAUGCUACCAAAUCAGUAUUUUUAGUGUGCGUUGCUGUCUGUAUGUUCAUCUACACCUUUACCUACCUAAAGGAUAUGCUUUCCAAAGACCCAAAUGAACAAAAAUUUAAUGCAAAUAUAGCAGAGUGUGGUUUUUACCCGGAUGAACUUUGUUCAGCUCUUUUUGUGGGGAAAACUGCUGCCUUUAAAAUUGGAAGCUUUUGUCAGAAUACCUACCAACCUAAACCACUCAGCUGCAUUCAGACUUCGUGCAACUGCUCCAUGGUUUUGAAGACACUGGAUUUUAUCACAAGACCACUGUCAGAAGAAGAGGGAAAUUUCUCAUUGGCAUACAUAAUCACAAUUCACAAGGAGCUGGAAAUGUUUGUAAAGCUGCUAAGAGCUAUUUAUAUGCCUCAGAAUAUUUACUGCAUACAUGUUGAUGAAAAGUCACCAAAGGAUUAUAAAGCUGCUGUACAAAACAUCGUUAAUUGCUUUGAAAAUAUUUUUAUUUCCUCAAAAAGAGAAAAUGUUGUUUAUGCAGGAUUUUCAAGACUACAAGCUGAUAUUAAUUGCAUGAGAGAUCUAGUUCAUUCCAAAAUUCAGUGGACUUACGUUAUUAAUCUAUGUGGUCAAGAUUAUCCCAUUAAAACAAACAAAGAGAUUAUCCAAUACAUCAAAAGUAAAUGGAACGGUAAAAAUAUGACCCCUGGGGUAGUCCAGCCACUUCAUAUGAAAUACAGGACACAGGUCAGUUACAGAGAAUACGUACAUUCUGGAAUGUCAUACGUGUAUCCAACAAAGAACAUAAAAGCUAAACCGCCACAUAAUUUGACAAUAUAUUUUGGUAGUGCCUAUUAUAUACUCACUAAAGAAUUUGUAGAGUUCACACUGACUGAUGCACGUGCAAAAGAUUUGCUUGAAUGGUCAAGAGACACAUACAGUCCGGAUGAACACUACUGGGUCACACUGAAUCGCUUAAAUGAUGCUCCAGGGGCUACACCCAGUGCAGGCUGGGAGGGAAACAUACGAGCCAUUAAAUGGAAAGAUCAAGAAGGAUCCGCACACAACGGCUGCAAAGGUCAUUACAUCAGAGACAUUUGUAUCUACGGACUAGGCGAUUUGCAGUGGAUUAUUGAGUCACCUCAUUUGUUUGCCAACAAAUUUGAGCCUGCAACAUAUCCCCUGGUUAUGGACUGCCUAGAGAGACGCUACAGGCUUAAAGUACUGCGCCAGGCAGAAGUCCCGAUUGAAGAUCACUGGCGUUUUCAGGAUGAGAACCACUUCAACAUGAAGCUGGACGUUUGAGCUUAAUUAACAUCUAAGUGUUCAAAAUACUGACAGAAACCAUUAAUGCUGUGCAUUACAGCACGAGGGUGAGCACAAUGCUGUACUUACUAUCCCCGUCUGCCAGUGAAAUAAACAGGUUUUAUUUAUUAGAGUAAGAUAAAGAGCAACAACUGCUAAUGGGUUAAUUCUCAAAGAAAAUUACAAUGUCUAAAUCUAUAACUUACUGAAGACAAGGGGGAAGUCCAUAAUCCUUUAAAGGACUUAUUUAACUGGAAAAAUACAUAUUCCUCAUGCCUGCAGCAAAAAAAAAAAAAAAAAGGACUAUCUGGUAUGAAAAUAAUAAAGUGGAAGCAAUGACUGAACAAAUAUAAAAUACACAAGUUAAAGUCAUGCCUACUCUGACUUAUGAAAUAGAUUAUUUUGGGUAAUGAAGUUUACGCUAACAUUUCAGAGCUCGUAAAUAAGCAAAGGACAACCAGUUUCAGACACAGUCCAUUUCACUGCUUUUUGGGUUUUUUUUUCCUCCAUGGCCAGCUGCAUCUCUAAUUUCAUUGUGUAGCAUGGCAACAUCACUCUGACACUACUCAGGCUUUGCUCCUAAUGAAAAGGGGGGGCGAGCCAGUGACAGUAGUAGGGGUCCUGCAAUGCAUCCUCUAAAUCCCUGUUCUGAGUCUCUGCAGGAGUUUAGGGCAAGGAGACACGGGAAAUUUGAGGCCAGGGAACAAAGGAAAAGCGAAUGAAAAGCCAUCUUUCAACCCCAGUGUACCUGAGGGAAACAAAAGUUCCAUGAACCUUGCCAUGGUCUGCAGCAAUCAGAAAUAAGACCUAGCAGCAAACAGGCCAAGCAUCUCACUUCCCUAACCCUCUGCAGACCGAAUGCGGCACUUGUUGGUCUACAGUAAGGGAGUGGCUUUUACCACACAGGCAAAAACAGGGAGCAGUAAUAAAAAACCCCCAAGGAUCCAGCCCUUUUCUAGGCAAGAGUUGCUCUUUCCUCUUCAGAACUCCUAAAUUAAUCCUUUCACUGUGCAACUGAAAAGAUUGGGGAAAUAUGAGGAAACAGAGAGGAUAUAGGUGGUGGUCUUCCAUACAAUAUGACAACUCUUCCACAGGAUUAAACCUCUACACUCCAUCUCCAAAGGUCUUCAUUUACGUGCUACUGAUGGAAAGAGACCAGCAGAAACCUGAACUGUGACAAGUCAUUUCAAACUGUUCGUCCUCCUUGAGAAGUACUUUGGCAAGAAUGCAGUUGAAAGUUUCUUUCCAGUAAAUCCAAAAAAAGCUCACAACUAUUUUGCAUGAACUCUGACGCAAACUAAUAAAAUACAUCGUCUUAUAAGCUCA